UGUAUCGGACUCCCUGUUUAAUUGAAAAUCUACCACCUGUCCAAGGUAAGGUAUAGAUGUAAAGCACUGACAUGGCAUGCACAUGAUAUAAAUACAUUCCCAUGUGACAGUGACAACCGUACUGUAACAUUUUUACUUAUUUGGACAUUAUAAUAGUACAUUUUCUGUUCUAAAUGGGAGACGUAGCUGUCUAUCAUUAGUGCUGAGAAAACCAGAUUUUUCAAUCCUUCCCCAGUUCUCUUGCUGCAUAUCAAGUGGGGCCAAGGGCCAUAAUGUCAAAGAGCUGCCUUUCUCAAUUCGCAUGGUUUUGCAGAGAGGAGGAAGAAGGAGAAGAAGAAGAAUAAGAGAGAACAGCCAUGGAAGACGAUGGCAAAACUUCAACUGAACUUGCAUACUGUGUCACCGGGGCGACCGGUUAUGUCGGCUCUUGGUUGGUGAAGUCUCUUCUCCGACGUGGUUACAAGGUCCACGCCGCGGUGCGCGAUCCCGCUAAAUCCUUGCAUCUGCUGUCGAUGUGGAAUGGUGGCGAGCGCUUGAAGUUAUUCCGAGCUAGUUUGCAGGAUGACGGGAGCUACGAUGAGGCGGUUGAGGGCUGCGAUGGGGUCUUUCACGUUGCUGCCUCACUGCAAUUCGACGUUCAAGAGAGUACCGAUGCGUACGUCCAGUCGAACAUCAUCGAUCCGGCGGUCCAGGGCACCCUAAACCUCCUGAAAUCAUGCCUGAAAUCACAAUCAGUGAGGAGGGUGGUGUUCACAUCUUCCAUCAGUACAAUCACUGCCAAGGACAGAGCAGGGAAUUGGAGAGACGUUGUUGAUGAAUCUUGCCAGACUCCAAUUGAUCAUGUGUGGAAGUCUAAAAACAGUGGAUGGGUUUAUGUGCUAUCAAAGCUUCUAACAGAGGAAGCAGCUUUCCAAUUUGCAAGAGAGAAUGGGCUUGACAUUGUAUCAGUGGUUACCACCACAGUUGGAGGCCCAUUCCUUACCUCCUCUGUUCCCUCCAGUAUACGAGUUCUCUCGUCCCCAAUCACAGGCGAAGUCGAGAUGUUCCAGAUAUUAUCUGCUGUGAAAUCCAGAAUGGGAUCAGUCGGUGUAGUCCAUAUUGAAGAUGUAUGCAAUGCCCACAUUUUCUUGAUGGAGCAUGCCAAAGCAGAGGGCAAAUACCUCUGCUGUGCUGAAAGUUGCCCCAUGUCUAAGUUGAUCCAAAACCUUGCGAAAAAUUAUCCACACUCGAAUAUAACAAGGUUGGUGGAUCAGGAGAAUGAGUCAGUCCCAGCUGAGAUUUCUUCAAAGAAAUUGCGGGACUUGGGGUUCAACUAUAAGCAUGGAGCAGAGGACGUUAUACGCGAAACUGUGACUGCCUGCAUAGACUUUGGCUUUCUUCCUCCAUUAGCAACUUAAAACUUGGUCUUCUGUUCGCCAAUUUGUGAAUCCAAUGGGCUACAAAACUAAAAACUAAUCAUUUGCGGCUGAAAUGAAAAGUAUUCUGAAGUUGGGUGAGA